AUGGCUGAGGCCCUGAGUGCGGCGAGCGGUGUCGCUGGACUCAUCUCAUUGUCGGUACAAUUGUUUGAUGGAUGCGUGAAAGGCUUCGUCUUGUUGUCAGCCGCGCAGGGCCUUGGCAGUCGUGCCGAAGUGUUCAACUGCCAGCUCGAAUGGGAACAUUACCACCUCCAUCGCUGGGCCUCUGUCGUCGGUCUCUUCAAAGAGCCGCCGGAGUUGAACGUCCCAAACCUACCUCUGGCGGAACGGACCCUUCGAACCCUCGAACAGAUCCUGACGAAUGCCGAGCAGUUACGUACUCACUAUGACCUCACGAUCGAUGUGACAGAUGAAGAGCUCAAGAGCAUACAAAGUCCCAAACGCUUGUUCGGAGGAAUUUUGAACUCGGCUGCCCAUACCUUUGUCAGCGAUACAGCUAAGGUCUACCAGCGGCGGGUAUCAUCAUGGAAAAAGCUGAAGUGGGCCGCCGUCGACCAGCAAAAGCUGGCCAGCUUGAUACAAGACAUCCACUUCUUCAAUGAACAGCUGCGCAGCACUCUCCAUCGGGUCGAAGAGAGCCAGUACCGAGGGGCUAGCAGCGACACAUUACGAUCAAUCAUCACCCAGACCAAUGACGAAAAGCUGUUGCAAGUGGUGGCGAACAAGUUGAGCUCGUUUGAUGCUGCCGUCCAGGCUUCAGCCCGACUCAAACAACGCGGAUUAUUAUUGGAGGUGUGGCAGGAGCAAGACCAGAACGAUGAUGGUGACACUAGUACCCUGGUCGCCCGAACAGAUGGGAUUAUGCCCCGAUCUUCGCCGACGUCCUCCAACCAGACUAUGAAGAGAAAGGUCUUGCCAGUGAAACGGGCUCCUCGCUCUAGCUGUUUGCUUGAUUUCAAGCUUUUACGGAGGACCGAAGACAAAACCAAUAUCGGUGUCAUCCGUGAGAUGGCAAUAUUUGACCAAGCUCAAGUCAUCCUCGAAUGGAAGGGCCUGCCUGAGCACCUCGAAAAGCGACUGAAGCACCGCGUUGAAGCUGUCGCCGAUUUCCUCUCUGGAGUGAACGAUCCCACAUUCCACUCGCUGACUUGUCUGGGAUAUGUGAAGGAACCCAAGACGUCGAAUUAUGCUUACGUUUUCCAACCUCCCUUAAAGGAGUCGUUCUCCACGAAGACUCUAGCAGAUCUGCUUCAGGGCGAUAUCGUGUUACCCAGCAUCAAUCAGCGCCUCACACUGGCUGCGACCCUCUUUGAGACAGUUCUUCAAUUCCACACGGCUGGCUGGCUCCACAAAUCUAUCCGUUCAGACAAUAUUUUGUUCUUCCAGCCAGCUGAUCGACCUUGGACGGGAACGCACUCUCUCCCUGAUGCGUACCUUGGAGGUUACGACUUCGCCAGGAGCGAUAACAUCCUCGAGACAACCGAGCCUCCUGUCGGUCAUGAACCGGCGCGAUUAUAUCGACAUCCCCUCUCAUUGACUCGUGAGCGUAUGGCUUACUGUAAAGCCUUCGAUCUUUACAGCCUAGGAUGUGUUCUUCUUGAAGUCGGGUUGUGGCGUCCGAUGUUGGUAAUGCUGGCCGAUUGGACGCAGCAGAAACCAUCAGGUAAAAAUGAUUAUUGUCUUCCGCCUCGCUCGGUGAUCGUGGACCCUAGCACCGUCUCCAACUGGCACUUGAUCUUGGAAGAGAAAGAAUCCUUCCUCACAAGCACACAAUCUGGCUGUAUCGCCGAUGAACUCCGAUUCUGCAUGGGGGAUCGUUACAGUCGCAUUGUCUCGGAUUGUCUGAGUGAGGCCUCUAAGCUAAUAACCGAGGGUGAUGAAGAGGAAGAAGAGCAGGAUGACAGUGGACGCGAGUCGUCGCUCGACAUCCAGAUUGCCAGCUUGCGGGCUCUAAGGUCGAUGCUUGAGCAUGUGUGA